AUGAUAUUAUAGAUGACGGAAGCGCGAGAUUUCAAGCACCUGCACGAAUUUAGGGUUCCCAACGAAAGUGCUUGAUCAACAGCUGAUGAUUCUGUCUGUCAAAGCUGGGAACAAUGAGCAGUAUCUUUGAGCGUUUCCCUGACCCUCCUGGCCGAGGUCACAUGACUGUCGCUGAGAAACAUGGAGAGUUUGUUUCGGUGCCAGUCACUGAUUCCACAGGGAAUAUUGGAAUGCUCCCAGCCUACCCAGUAAUAACAGUUGCCAAAGAACUAUCCAGGAACCUUACACAAAGAGAAAGUGCCAAGUCAGCAUUUUUGCCUCAUGAUGAGACUGUAUGGAAAAGAGCAAUGCAUUCCUGGUAUGAACAUGGGAUGACGGGAACAUUUGAGGAAGUAGUCAACAGCAAAGAUGAAGUGCCACCAUGGAUUGCAUCCGUCGCCAUGACAACCUUAGCAUUUCUGCGAUGGGCAAACUCUCUGAAUGGUUCUCUUUUUCCUCAUCUGUCAUUAUCCAAUGAAGACCUUGUAUCCAGCUAUACAUCUGUCGCUGACUGGCAAUGCAGUCCUGUGCGAGCGUUUGCCUGGCACCCCCACACCAUCAAAGUGGCGUACUCCCUGCAGGACGACUCCAUCAGAGUGCACACCGGCAGCAACAACCUCAUGCCCAUCCUCAAGCACAAACUACAGAAGAAUGUAGCAGACUUAGCGUGGCAGCCCAAUUCAGCAUCAGUGUUGGCAGUGGCCUGUCAGUCUUGCAUCCUCAUCUGGCAUGUGGAACCAACCUCCUUAGCUACCAGACCAUCAGCUAGCUCAGUUCAGGUGCUGCAACAUUCAGGCCACACCCCAGUUACCAGCCUUGCCUGGCACCCAGAUGGCAGCAUUCUCCUGUCCGGUGCCCCGACAGACACCGGCAUCAUGGCGUGGAAUGUUCCCAUGGAGAUAUGUGUGACGCUGCGUCGUGGGGGAGGGGGAGGUGUGUCGGCUUUGAGAUGGUCCCCCGAUGGAACCAAGGUGUUGGCUGUGACCCCGUCACCAUUGUUCAGAGUGUGGGAAACAAAGAAUUGGAGCUGUGAAACCUGGUCUCGCCUGUCAUCGCGUUGUGUGGCAUCAUGCUGGAGUUCUGACGGAAGUAUUCUUCUCUUCGCCAUGGAAAAUGAUCCAAUCAUCUACUCAAUCAAAUUCAGUGCGGGACAGUCACAUGAUGGAAGUCACAUCAGUGUCUCAAACAAGGCCCUGGCUGUGACGGACGUGUCCGAGGUAGACAUGCAGACAGCCACUGGGGAUGUGGUGAAGAUCGGUGGCUCAGUGCAUGCAAUGGAGUGGGAUUCAACUGGUGAACGUCUCGCCAUAUUGUUUAGAGGGCAUGACAACAAAGCGUGUUCUUAUGUUGCUGUAUUUAAAACAGUUACACAUCCGGUCAUGGAGAUCCUACCAUGUGGUCUGGUGAGGGGACAAGACGGUGAAAUUGCUCACUGCAUCAGCUUCAAGCCCAACUUCGACCAAGGGGCUUUACUAACUGUUGUUUGGUCAAGUGGCAGGGUGGGUUAUGUCCCUUUGUUGUACACGCGCACAGAGGACGCAGUUCCUUACCAAGCAGAACCUCUAGUGCCCCUUAAUGGGCAGGCAGGAAAGUCUCUACACACAAGUUUCCGAUGAAGAAAACAGUCCUUGGAAUACAAUUAUACAUCACAAUCAAACAAGAAGGCCAUUUGUGAACAUGUGCCUGUGAUCUGUUAUAAGAUGGCACUACCUUGUUAAUGUCUGACUGUAGAAGCGUCUUGCGAAGGAUCAUGCUAUUUAUUAUGACUGGAAGUCUAACUCCAUAUUAGCAAGAAGACAGCUGGCUCAGAGACACAUCUGUUUGAGUUUCUGGCAUACAGGGAGUAUGGGCUUCAAUCACCGAUUUUCUCAGAUUGUCAUUUAUCUGUCACAACCAACAUGUUGGUAUAUAAGUCUAAGACUGAUCGUACCAAUAAAUAUAAUGCAUAAAGGC